AGGUUUUGCGGUCAAUAGCUAUUUGGCAGGGAAUAGGAAUGAAAAUGACAGAGGAAGAGAAGAGCAUCUACUCUACAACCUUUUUAUCAGAUAAUUUUGGUGACCUGUUCACGCCACAAAUGAUGGAGCAAUUCAAUGACAAACUACAAUCGUUUUGUGGUGAAGAGCACAGCAAACUAAUCAAUCAAUAUCAUGAUCUUAUGAUUGAGCGCAGUUCUAAAGAGAGCUACAUAAAGCUUGAUGCUCUACCAGAUAAACUCGGAUAUAAAAAAGUCUUCACUCAUGGAGAUCUUUGGAGUACUAACAUUUUAUGGACGAAACCAAAUGAAAAUUAUGAAAUAAGAGCGCACAUUGAUUUCCAGACCGCGAGUUUCAAUUCCUCCGCUCUUGAUCUUGCUCGAACGUUCACCACUUGUUUGAGUGCAGACGAUCGUAGAAAUCAUCACAAAGAGUUGUUGAGCACCUUCUAUAGUUACCUCCGCGAGGAAGUGGAGGAAUUACCAUACACACUUGAACAGUUAGAGGAAUCCUAUCAUUAUUUCUUACCACACGCUACUUUUGUAGUAGUGCCAAUGAUUGAUUCUAUUUACAACUUCAUGCAAGCAGAGCGACCGGAAUUGAAGCUGGCGAGCAAGAGCGCUCUGAUAAAAAAAUGUGUUGCACUUAUGGAAGAUGGUGUUGAAAGCAAUAAUAGGUGA